AUGGCGUCUAAAAGACUGAUGAAUGUCACCACCCCUCCCAGUGCUCUUUUCCUCGACAACAAGAUGGGAGUGAUAUCGACCUGCCCCCCCUUGAACUCUGCAUCAGCUGCCGACAUUGACACCGCCGUUGCGAAUGCCCGACGUGCUUUUAAUGGGGAGUGGGGUGCCUUCACAGGGGAGCAACGCGGGGUCGUGCUCAAUAAACUCGCGGACUUGAUCGAGCAGCAUACCCAGGAGAUUGCAUAUUUCGAAAGUCUUUGCAGUGGCACUCCCAUCUCCUUCCUGAAAAGCACGAUGCCCAGCGUUGUCUCUGUUUUUAGGUAUUACGCAGAUUGGACCGACAAGUACAAGGGUGACUACUUCCCGCCCGAAGAUGGAUUCUGCAAGAUCGUAGAGCACACCUCAGUUGGUGUUUGUGCUGGUGUGACUGCCUGGAACGGGUCGCUACACUUUCUCGCAUGGAAGUCUGCUCCGGCGCUGGCGACAGGAAAUACUGUCAUCCUGAAACCUUCGGAAAAGUCUCCUCUGGGCACGCUGUCUGUUGCGAAUCUCAUCAGCAAGGCCGGUUUCCCCCCGGGCGCCUUCCAAAUUGUUGCAGUGAUAACUCGAUUUAUAUGGGCUGGGGAUGUUGGUGCCUCGCUAGCCAGCCACAUGGAUAUCGACAAGAUCUCCUUUACAGGGUCCACUGGUACGGUGAGGAAGGUCCAGGAUGCCGCAACUAAGAGUAAUCUAAAGCGCGUCACCUAUGAGCUUGGAGGAAAGAGCCCUGCCGUGGUGUUCGAAGAUGCUGACAUUGAGCGAAAUCUCUUCUGGUGCACGUUUGGCAUCACGGGCAACAGUGGGCAGGUGUGUACUGCCACAUCCCGCCUUUUUGUACAGGAGAGUAUUGCCGAGAAAUUCAUCGAAGCCACCCUGGGCGCAGAUCCGAUGAGUCCCGAGACACAGUACGGACCUCUGGUCGACAAGGCCCAGUAUGAGCGGGUCCGCAUUUAUAUCGACGACGCCCAGAAAGUGCUCUCUCCUGUCGUUGGGGGAGAUACGUACUCCGUUGAUGAUUAUUAUGUCGCCCCGACCAUCUUCCUGAACCCCCCCUCUGACGCUAAGAUCUACCGCGAGGAGAUCUUUGGACCUGUUCUAUGUAUCAAAACCUUUAAGACGGAAGAGCAGGCAAUCGCUCUGGCCAACGACACCAACUACGGUCUGGCAGGCUCUGCCUAUACCCAGGAUAUUGAAAGAGCCUUGCGAGUCAGCCGUGCCAUUCGUGGAGGUACAGUCGGAAUCAAUUGUACAUCGAUUGCCAGCCCUCAGGUGCCCAUGGGAGGGUUUAAGUUAAGUGGAAUUGGCCGCGGGCUAGGAGAAUAUGCUCUCCGUCAUUAUACGGAGCCAAAGACAAUUGUAAUCAAGUAA